AUGGCUCUUCUGCUGACGCCGGUGCAGAAGCUCGUGAGUUGGUACACCAGCAAGCAUCCCGUGGACUUGUGGUUGGAACUGCUGCGCAAUGCAGAGAGCUUUGAGGACUGGGAGGAGGCGGCCCUCCAUUUGGAUAGUCUGCUUGGCCUAGAUUUAUGGAGGAACAACCCGACCUCGAAAUACUAUGACUGGCGCCUCAUUACCGAACGGGUACAUUCACUCGCCAUCGCUCGAGAGGAGAAUCACUUCCAGCAAUUGGUGAACCUUCUCCGAUCCGGACUCGUGCGAAACUUGGGGAAUAUCGCAGUACCCAAGCUAUACAAUCGAUCAUUCUCGGGGACCAAGUAUCUCAUUGAGGAGUACAUAUCCCAAGUUGCAGAGACUGUGGAGGAUAUUAGCACACUGCCGACGACAUUCAUAUCUAAUUCGCAAGGUGGAGGGAGUGUCUUGACGAAUCAGAUGAAACUCGACUUCAUUCACGACACCAGACAAGCAUUCGGACGAAGCACUCUCGUCCUACAAGGCGGCUCAAUCUUUGGAUUAUGCCAUCUGGGCGUUGCCAAGGCACUAUUUUUGCGCGGCCUCCUCCCUCGUAUCAUUACUGGAACUGGAACUGGUGCGCUGAUUGCCGCAUUAGUUGCAAUCCACACUGAGGAGGAACUACCUAAUAUUUUGACGGGUGACGGAAUUGACGUUUCAGCGUUUGCAUCCAAGGGAAGAACAGAGAAUGGCAUGAUUCCUCGUGAGCAGACGUUCAAAUCGAGAUGGGCGACAUUGAUGCGGCGGCUUCGAAGGUUUUCCCGCGAAGGAUACUUUCUGGAUGUCACAGUACUAGAGGACUGUGUGAGGGCCAAUGUUGGCGAUCUAACGUUUGAAGAAGCGUACAAUCGAAGCAAGAGGGUGCUCAACAUUACUGUUGCGACAGAAUCUCAAGGCGGCGUGCCAACUCUGCUGAAUUACAUCACAGCACCAAACGUCUUAAUCUGGACCGCAGCAGUAGCAUCAAACGCCUCAUCCCCCUCCCUCUACGGCUCCCGCAAAGUCCAAAUCCUCGCCAAAGACGUCCACGGCACCAUCGUCCCCUGGGCCGCCGCCAACACCACCAACUUCCACCACUGGACACAUGCCUCCUACACAGACCGCGACUCGCCCCUCCAACGCAUCGCCGAGCUCUUCAACGUAAACCACUUCAUCGUCAGCCAAGCCCGACCCUACCUCAUCCCCUUCUUGCAAUCCGACAUGCACGGCCCAUCCCUCCUCGAAUCCCGCAGCAAAACCACACAACUGUCCGCCUUUCUCGUCCGCAUGGUCGGUCUCGAAAUUCGCCACCGCCUACGACAAUUCGAUACCCUGCGACUACUGCCAUCUAGUAUACGGCGGUUUUUGGUGGACGAGCGAAUACCAGCCGCGUCCAUGACGCUCGUUCCUGAAGUUACGGCAGGGGAUUUCGUGCGGCUACUGGAGACCCCUACGAGGGAUACCUUGAAUUAUUGGAUAUUAAGGGGUGAGCGGAGCGUGUGGCCCGCCGUGGCGGCGCUGAGGAUUCGCUGUGCUGUUGAGAAUGAGCUGGAUAGGUCGUAUCAGAUGGUGAGGAAGCUCAAAGCCGGGGAUCUGAGGAGAAAAGGGAGUAUAGCUGGUGUGGAUGCGUAA